GGGGCCGGCGGCGCGGAGGCGGGGUCCCGGGCGGGCCGCCCCGGAGGCGGGGGCCGUUUCCAUAGCGGCCGCGGGAGGUGUCGCGCCGGGCCACUUCCUGGUUCCCGGGCUCGGCCGCGCCGGGAUCGGGGAAGGAAACAAUGGGGCGGAGGGCACUGCGGUAGCCGCCGCGACUCCGCGCCUCAGCAGCGCCUCAGCAGCGCCUCACGCCUCAGUCAGCGCCUCGGCAGCGCCUCAGCGAGCGCCUCGGCAGCGCCUCGGCAGCGCCUCAGCAGCGCCUCGGCGCCUCAGCCCGCGCAGCCCCCGCCCCCGGCCCGGCCUGAGGACAUGUAUUCCUCUGAGCAGCCUUGGACAGCAGACUGUGCUUUCCUCGUCGAUUGGGACCGCGCCCGGAGCCCUUCCCAGCCAUGAAUACAGACCAAGAUGUAGCCCUCAGACUUGCCCAGGAGAGAGCUGAGAUCGUAGCUAAGUAUGACCGAGGACGAGAAGGUGCAGAGAUUGAGCCUUGGGAAGAUGCCGAUUACCUGGUUUACAAAGUCACGGAUAGAUUCGGCUUCUUACAUGAGGAGGAGCUUCCCUACCACAAUGCGGCCGCGGAACGGCAAAAACAACUGGAAAUUGAAAGAACGACUAAAUGGCUGAAAAUGCUGAAAGGCUGGGAAAAAUACAAGAAUACGGAAAAGUUUCACAGGAGAAUUUACAAAGGAAUUCCACUUCAGCUCAGGGGGGAAGUGUGGGCCCUGCUCCUGGAGAUCCCUAAGAUGAAAGAAGAAACAAGAGAUCUUUAUAGUAAAUUAAAACUCAGAGCACGGGGUUGUUCACCUGAUAUCAGACAAAUAGACCUUGAUGUCAACCGCACGUUUAGGGACCAUAUUAUGUUCAGAGACAGAUAUGGUGUCAAGCAGCAGUCCCUGUUCCACGUGCUAGCGGCAUAUUCCAUCUACAAUACGGAAGUCGGCUACUGCCAGGGCAUGAGCCAGAUCACAGCUCUACUCCUCAUGUACAUGAACGAAGAAGACGCCUUCUGGGCCCUGGUGAAGCUGUUCUCAGGCCCCAAACAUGCCAUGCACGGCUUUUUUGUCCAUGGCUUUCCUAAACUUUUGAGGUUCCAAGAACAUCAUGAAAAGAUACUGAAUAAAUUUCUCUCCAAGCUUAAGCAGCACCUGGAUGCUCAAGAAAUCUACACAAGUUUUUACACAAUGAAAUGGUUUUUUCAAUGUUUCCUUGAUCGUACUCCCUUUACACUAAACCUCAGAAUAUGGGAUAUCUACAUCUUUGAAGGAGAGAGAGUUCUCACUGCUAUGUCUUAUACAAUCUUAAAAUUACACAAAAAACAUCUGAUGAAAUUGUCUAUGGAAGAACUCGUUGAAUUUCUUCAGGAAACCUUGUCAAAGGAUUUUUUCUACGAAGAUGACUUUGUAAUAGAGCAACUUCAAAUUUCCAUGGCGGAACUAAAGCGGGCAAAAUUAGACCUUCCAGAACCUGGUAAGGAGGAGGAGUAUCCAAAGAAGCCUUUGGGACAGCUGCCCCCCGAGUCCCAGCCUCCUGCUGUCUGUCACCUGAGCAACGGGCAGAAGAGUGUGGGCAGGGCCAGUCCCCAUGUGAGUGACAGGAGGGAGAGUGACUCCUCACCGCGCAAGAAGCUUGAGUCCCCCGUCCACCAGCAGAGUCGCGGUGGGACCCCGGAGCGAGCCCGGCACCCCAGGGGGAAGGCGCUGGACGAGGCCAACAGGCGACUGAAGGACGAGGCCGACCUGCGGAGGAAGGUCACGUUCACAUUACAGGACAGUUCCUCGCAGUACAACCACGCGGCCGCCAACCAGAACAGCAACGCCACCUCCCAGGGCCGGCGGGAGUUUGUGCCCAGGUGGAACAAGCCGGGCGACAGCUCCGCGGCAGAGAGCAGCACCAAGCAGACGCCGGGCCGCUCCGCUCUGCCUGCCCUCACCGUCACCGGCCCCGGCACCGAGGCGCGCCUGGCCAAUGGCAACGGCCACGGGCGGCAGAAGAUGCGGGUUCCGGGCACGGACGACGAGAAGCGGGGCUCCAACGCCUCCCAGUACGACAACGUCCCCGAGAGCGACAGCAGCGCGUGUGUGGAGGAGGCCCUGGAGCGGGCGGCCGCGCACCCCCACAGCCCGCGGAGGCAGGCGGCCGCUGAGCCCGGCUCCCCCGCCAGGCUCUCCUACUCCAGGUACGCGGCGCAGCUGGAGGGCGCGGACCGAGGGCCAGCGCCCCCGCCCUCCUACAGCCACCCGCCCGGGUACCGAGGCGACUCCCCGCAGGCGCCCCCGACCAGGAGGCCUUACCCGCCGGCCCUCUCGGCCCACACCUCUCCAGACAGACCUUCCGGCCGCCCCACGCCCAUCGUCCUGCCUUCCAGUCGGAUCGAGGUGCUUCCGGUGGACUUCGGUGCAGGGGGCUACUCGGGCAGCUCAGGGUCCCCACAGCACGGGGCAUUCAUCAUCCCUCCUGUGGACUAUUUGCCCGAUGGCCGCAAGUGGUCGGAAGCGAGUCACACCUACAGGCCUGAGAUGCACGGCCAGUCCUGGACGCAGGACACGAGGCGCAGCCACCAGGGCCCCGUGGCGAAGUUUCCCACCCUCCAGCCAGGGCCCUUCCAGGACCACAGCCUCCCCGCCGUGUCCGUGGACGGCCCCGUGCGCUACAGAACUUCCCCAGCGCUGGACGGUGCCGGCAGCUCGUCGGGGUUCCAGUGCUCAGGGCCCUCGCCGCCGGCCUACCGCUACAGGAGCCGGGACGGACUCGCCAUCCAGGAGUCAGUGUUGCUGUGAGAAAGGCCUGUGCUGGCGCUCACGAGAGCGGGCACACCGGGAGACCACCAGGCUCCUUGCUGCCCGCUCGCCAAAGCAGUAUUCACGCCCGCGGACAGACGCGCGCUGCCCGCCCAGUCAGGAGUUUAGUCUGGCGGUGCGGCCACGCCGGGGGCCAUGGCUGCAGAUGAACGUUGUCAGCAUGCCGUCACGAGCCUGCUCGGGCAGAGUCUACAGCGAGUGCAGCAGUAGUGUUUGGGGCACACGCAUGCACACACGCACAGUGGCCCCAUCCCUAGUCUCAUUCCUGGCUCUCUCCAGAACCUGGCCCUUGGGCUCUUCCAGUCCAUUCUGUUUGAGUAAUGUUACAAAGCACUGAGAAACUGGCUCUGGGUCUGGCGUUUCUAAGGCUGUACGUGGUCUGUGUCUGACUAGAUAGUACGGGCAUCUGUGCAUAUCCAUUUGGACCCAGAACUAGGGAAUCCCUGUUGGGGGAACCUGCUUUUGGACUAGACCAAGGGAAUAAUUUAUUGUCUCGUACGCAUCCUCCCUUCCCUGCCCGCCUCAGUCUGUUCCAGGCUUUGUCCCUUCUGUGUUUAACCCAGAUCCGAAACGGACCACCAGUCUCCGUUCCGCGUCUCCGCUGAGACACUGGCGGCAGGGGCGAGGCUGACUGCUCAAUGGUGCUUACAAACCUGAACAGUGCAGGCCAGAGGUGGGGGGGAGCAUGCCCACGGGGCGGGCAGCAGAGACCCUCUGCCCUGCACACAGGCCUUCUCCACAUGGCGCUUUCGGGCACUUUCCUGAGAGAAUGUAGUCAGUGGGGAUUGCUGCAGUUAGGCAUCAGCUGAUCCUCAUGGGACUGUGCGGGAGCCGGUUCUGCUUAUCUCUAGGAAUCUGAGAUGUGGGGCUUUAGAGUUAGACACACACACACACACACACACACACACACACACACACACACACACACACACACACACUGUGUGUGACUUCCAUACUUUCAAAACUCCCCUUUUUUCCACCUUUUUCAGUUGAAAAAAAUUUCAGGUUCAUGGUAAAAAGAAAUUAAUAACGUUCUUAACAUUAUUCAAUGACACUACAAUUGCCGAAACACUGACAGCGUGGAGCACUCCAAGGGCAUCCGGCAGGGCUUGUCCUGGGAGCAGGCACCAGCCGAGAGGCGGGCUGGAUGGCCCGGGGCUGGUGGCGGGGCUGUGGGCUCCAAGGCACAGAGUGACUGGGUAGCCGGUGAAGGUGCCGGAAUGUUGUGUGUAUAUAGGGUCUAGUGUGAUUCUAAUCAGGCUGGUGGUGAUGUGAUGGAACGGCCACGCAAACGCAGCUGAGAGCCCGUGCCUCUGGCCCCUCGAUUCCGAUCAUGUGGAAGCUCCGAAAUAAACGUCUGAAAAUGGCGCCGGAUAUCAAUUCCAGUUUUUAAACUGUGAUUCUGUAACUGGUAAUAAAACCAAACUAUAAUUUUGUGUAUGAUGAUGGCCUCUAAGCUGCUCAAAAAAAUUAUAUAUAAAUACGUACAUAUAUAUCAAUAGGGGUAAAUGCUGUAGAUUUUAUAUAUAUAUACAUGCAAUAUAUAUAUAUAUAUACACAUACUAUUUUCUUAAGUCAUCUCUGACAUUUUUAUCUAUACUUUUUUUGAUGAUUGUUUUUAACAUGCUAAAAGUAAUAAGUA